CAGCUCUCCUUAAACCCUAAUUCUCCCAAAACCCAGAAGAGCGGCUACUCGCUCUGUUUUGCAUAUUAACCUAAAGGUCAUACCCAAUUCUGAAUCUGAAUAGCCAGCAGCAGCGAAUAUGGUAAAGAGAAGCAAAAAGAGCAAAAGCAAGAGAGUGCCUCUGAAGAAGAAGUACAAGGUGAUAAGGAAGGUGAAGGAGCACCACAAGAAGAAGGCCAAGGACGCCAAGAAGCUCGGCUUCCAGCGCAAGAAGGUCGAGAAGGACCCAGGUAUCCCUAACGACUGGCCUUUCAAGGAGCAGGAGCUCAAGGCCCUCGAAGCUCGCCGCGCUCGUGUCAUCGAUGAAAUCGAGCAGAAGAAAGCUGCCCGCAAAGAAAGGGCUCAGAAGAGGAAGCUGGGAGAGUUAGAGGAUGACGAUGACGAGGACUCCAAGUUGGAUGAAGUACUAGAGGAAAAGAGUACUGAUGACACCAUUGGGUUUGCUAAGAAUAGGGAUAGCUCAGAUAGGGCUUUCUACAAGGAGUUGGUUAAAGUUAUUGAAGCAUCAGAUGUCAUUUUGGAGGUUCUUGAUGCUCGAGAUCCCCUGGGUACACGAUGUGUUGAUAUGGAAAAGAUGGUGAGGAAGUCGGGUCCUAAUAAGCAUCUUGUGUUACUUCUUAACAAAAUCGAUCUUAUCCCACGUGAAGCUGUUGAGAAGUGGCUCACUUAUCUUAGGGAGGAGUUGCCAGCUGUUGCCUUCAAAUGCAGCACCCAAGAACAAAAAUCAAACUUAGGGUGGAAAUCGUCCUCUAAAAAAUCAAAACCUAGCAACCUUUUGCAGACAAGUGACUGUCUAGGAGCUGAAACUCUUCUUAAAUUGUUGAAGAACUAUUCAAGAAGUCAUGAGAUCAAGAAGUCGAUUACAGUGGGUAUUAUUGGCCUACCUAAUGUUGGUAAGAGUAGUCUCAUUAACAGUUUGAAGAGAUGCCGUGUCGUCAAUGUUGGUUCCACUCCAGGGUUAACAAGAUCACUACAAGAAGUCCAGUUGGAUAAUAAUGUCAAAUUGAUAGAUUGCCCUGGUGUUGUAAUGCUCAAAUCUACAGAAAAUGAUGCCUCUAUAGCUCUUCGAAAUUGCAAAAGAAUUGAGAAGUUAGAGGAUCCAAUUGCUCCAGUGAGGGAAAUUUUGAAGCUCUGCCCAGCCAGAUUGUUGGUAUCUAUAUACAAGCUCCCAAGCUUUGAUACCGUUGAUGACUUUCUGCAGAAGGUGGCUACUGUUAGGGGUAAGCUGAAAAAGGGUGGUGUUGUAGAUAUUGGAGCUGCAGCCAGAAUUGUUCUGCAUGACUGGAAUGAGGGUAAAAUUCCGUACUACACUAUGCCCCCAGCUAGGAGUCAAGAAGAACCUUCAGAGGCGAAAAUUGUUUCAAAGCUGGGCAAGGAGUUGAACAUUGACGAAGUAUACAAUGGAGAAUCUUCAUUCAUUGGAAGCCUCAAAUCUGUUAAUGAUUUCCAUCCUGUUGAAGUUCCUCCCAGUUGCCCACUCAAUUUUGAUGAGGAUAUGGAAGAGAAUAAAAGACCAUCAAGUCAAGCUAAUGGAAGUCCUAAGGAUAUGGUUGAUGCAGACGAUGACCAGUCCAUGGCAGUUGAAGAGGAUGAUUCAGGCAAGGCAAAAGAAAAGACGGCUACCAAAACUAGCAGGCAGAAUGAGAAAUUGUAUGCAGCUGAAGGUAUGCUUAAUACAAGGAAGAAGAAAGCAGAGAAGAAGAUGAGGAAAAAGGCCAAAUCAGCUUCCACGGAUGCUAUGGAAGAUGAUUAUGAUUUUAAAGUUGAUUACAUCAAGAAGGGAUCUGCCAUGGAUGUUGGUGAUGGCAUUGGGGGAAAAGAUGACGGUCAAAUUAUUGGAAAGGUACCUAUGUCUGGUAUUGGAUUUGAUGAACCGGAGGAAGAAUGAACUGUAUUUUUCCAAGGCAGUUCAAGUAAAAUCCUGAUGCUGCCUGCCUUUUUUUUUUUUUUAACGUAUAUUUUUUAAUUAUGCUUUUAAGUUUCUUCUUUCACAAAAUAUGUUCUGUAUGAUCACGCCCAGACUUUGUGCGCACAAGAUUUACAAUUACCUAUCAAUCAAAUCCUGAUUAUUUUUUCUUCUGCUUA